CUAAACAAAAACAUCUAUCGAAAUGCCACCAAAAACCAGUGGAAAGGCCGCUAAAAAAUCUGGUAAAGCCCAGAAAAACAUUACGAAAGGCGACAAGAAAAAGAAGAAGCCACGUCGUAAGGAAAGUUACGCCAUCUACAUCUACAAGGUCCUGAAGCAGGUCCACCCAGACACCGGAAUCUCUUCCAAGGCCAUGAGCAUCAUGAACAGCUUUGUGAACGAUAUUUUCGAACGGAUUGCUGCCGAAGCUUCCCGUUUGGCUCACUACAACAAGCGAUCCACCAUCACUUCUCGUGAGGUUCAGACCUCUGUCCGUCUGUUGUUGCCAGGAGAAUUGGCCAAACACGCUGUCUCUGAGGGUACCAAGGCUGUCACCAAGUAUACCAGCUCCAAGUAAAUGUUUCUUGUCGUAAUUGAACAAUUCUACGCAAAUCGGCCCUUUUCAGGGCCAACAAAUAUUUUUCGGAGAGAGCAUUUGAAUCUACAUUAUCUAUGAAUGGAAGUUUCACACAUAAAUUUUCUAUUUAAAUUUGAGGACAUUCUUCCAUUAGAGUCAGAAUUGUUCUAGCUGUCGUCGUGUGUGGGUGAUAGUGCCGAUACUGGCUCUUCAACGAUUACCCCGGAAUAAUCAUCGACGAAAAACCUUAGGAAACGGUGUAUUUGACUAAUAAUGUAGCAAUAAUUACUCGCUGACAUGCCAUAAAUCGCGGUUGUCGCAGCGGAGCAAAAUAACGAAAUUCGAAAUGAUUGUCGUGAUCCAGUAACAGAAACGCAUCGAAGUCUCCAAAGCAUCUUUCGUGCCGAAGGCGUCUGUUUAGGGCACAGACUCAACUCAUUCGAGGUCUUGUAAGGUACAGAUGGAUGAUGUGAACAUUGAAUGGUUCCAAGGAUUGUGCUACCUAGGAUUAACCAACGAUGAGAAGUAUUUUAUCUAUAGCAUAUUGACUACUGAAAAAUUGAAAAAAAAAAAUAUCCGUUAGUUAAUCGAUGAUCAAAAUUAUUCACGGAGAAUAAACAGACGCUGUACAAACAACUAGUUCAACCGAAAGUCUAUAAAAAAAGAACAGUUUGACGAACAAUACGCACAUAACUGUACUGUAAAACAGAGGUAAACACAAAAAUGAAAAACAAAUUAUGAAUCCCUUAUACUGUUUCAAAAUAUGUUGAAAAUGAUCGUCGCUCUGGUAAAAACAAAUCAAACACCUUAAUUUUGGCAAGAGUCAAUGUUGAUGUCUCUGUUAGAAAAAGUGCGCUUUUUCAAAAUAUAGAGUAAUUUACAACCUUUCAACGUGAUGGUUAAUACCAAGUUUGAUCUCGAUGUUCAAAAAUGAAGUAAUCGGGAAUUUUUUGAUGCAAGAAAAGGUUGCUCCUGUAUUGGUUGUGUCCAAAUUCGAUUGGUUUACAACAGAAUGUCGAACGAAAUAUAAAAAUUUCAGAGAUUCUCUA